GUGAAAUUCUGAUUUGUUGGGACGUUUCGGUUUGUUUAGUGUGUUGCCAGUUUUCUAGAGUCCAGAAAGAAGAUGUCGUCCGGAAGACCGAUCAAAUGUGUGGUGGUUGGCGAUGGCACAGUAGGAAAAACCUGCAUGCUGAUCAGCUACACGACCGACAGCUUCCCCGGCGAAUAUGUUCCCACGGUGUUUGAUAAUUAUUCUGCUCCGAUGGUGGUGGACGGGGUGCCAGUGUCGCUUGGACUAUGGGACACGGCUGGACAGGAAGACUACGAUCGACUAAGACCAUUGUCCUAUCCACAGACAGAUGUUUUUCUCAUAUGCUACAGCGUAGCCAGCCCGUCGUCGUUCGAAAACGUCACAUCCAAAUGGUACCCUGAGAUAAAGCACCAUUGUCCAGAUGCACCAAUCAUUUUAGUUGGAACCAAAAUCGAUUUGAGGGAGGACCGCGAAACGAUCAGCGUGCUGGCUGAACAGGGUCUAUCGGCGUUGAAACGCGAACAGGGUCAAAAACUAGCGAAUAAGAUACGGGCGGUGAAGUAUAUGGAAUGUUCCGCGCUCACCCAACGGGGCCUAAAGCAAGUAUUCGACGAAGCGGUCCGUGCCGUACUCAGACCGGAACCUUUGAAACGACGUCAACGAAAAUGUGUUGUGAUGUAG